AUGGUCGAUUAUAAGGAUAUAGAACUUGCGCAAGUCAAAGUCAUAAAAACUGCAUUGCGAAAGGAUAAAAAAUAUGAUAAUCUUGUGAAAAAUUAUAGAGACUAUCUAAAGAAAUUGCGAGCUGAAAAGAAUCUGAAUGAGUAUAUUAAGACAGUCACAGUCAAGAUGUUUCCAAACAAAGAGACAUACACUCUAAGACUAGAAAAUUAUCGCAAAAGAUAUGCAGAUAAUGAUCUGUAUGACAACCUAGAAGAAUUAUACAAGCUUUAUUAUCAUAUAGCUAAAGAGGAGAAUCGUGAAAGAUCAGAUAAUGAAAUAGAAUAA